CCGCCAUCGGAUCCAUCAGUCUUCAGUCAGUGGUGGGUACCCCGCGUGGUGUACGUGCUCCUGAAAUGCACUGAACCAAACUCUCCCCUAACGCAAAUCCAGACAAAUGCGCAAGCUUUGCACCGCGUACCAUAGCAAGCACCAAUCGGCAGCGCAUUGUAGUCAAAUCACUCGCAGGCGCUGCUUGCAGUUCAAAACGAAAUGAAAAGCCGGGUUUAGGGCUUCUCCGUUGUCUCCGCGUCUUGUGAUUGAGAAUUAGAGAGUUGCAGGGGAUUUGAAAGGGAGCGAAAAUGGUGAAUCCGAGGUGCUUCUUGGACAUAAGCAUUGGAGGCGAGAUUGAAGGAAGGAUAGUGGUGGAGCUUUACAGAGAUGUUGUGCCUAAAACCGCCGAGAACUUCAGGGCGCUCUGUACCGGCGAGAAGGGCAUUGGCCCUAACACCGGUGUUCCCCUCCAUUUCAAGGGAUCCUGUUUCCAUCGAAUCAUAAAAAGUUUUAUGAUACAAGGUGGGGAUAUAUCUGCUGGGAAUGGAACUGGUGGUGAAUCCAUCUAUGGCUUGAAGUUCGAAGAUGAGAAUUUUGACUUGAAGCAUGAAAGAAAAGGAAUGCUGUCAAUGGCUAAUACUGGUUUUAAUACGAAUGGAUCUCAAUUUUUUAUAACUACAACUCGAACCUCUCAUCUAGAUGGAAAACAUGUUGUUUUUGGGAAAGUAAUCAAAGGGAUGGGGGUAGUUCGUUCGAUUGAGCAUGUGAAUACAGGUGACAAUCAUUAUCCAACCCUUGAUGUGAUAAUUGUGGACUCUGGAGAACUUCCUGAGGGAGCUGAUGAUGGGGUAUCUAACUUCUUCAAAGAUGGUGAUACUUACCCUGAUUGGCCAGCUGACCUUGAUGUGAAACCAGAAGAAGUUUCUUGGUGGAUGACGGCUGUGGACGCCAUCAAAUCUUUGGGAAAUGAACAGUACAAGAAACAAGAAUAUAAAGUGGCUCUUAGGAAGUAUCGGAAAGCUUUGCGCUACCUGGAUGUAUGCUGGGAGAAGGAUGAAAUUGAUGAAGAGAAAAGCUCAUGCUUGAGGAAGACAAAGUCUCAGAUUUUUACAAAUAGCUCUGCAUGCAAAUUGAAAUUAGGAGAUCUGAAAGGAGCAUUACUGGACACAGACUUGGCCAUGCGUGAUGGAGAAGAUAAUGUAAAAGCUUUAUUUCGCCAAGGCCAGGCACGCAUGGCACUUAAUAAUGUAGAUGCUGCAGUUGAAUGUUUCAAGAAAGCAUUGGAGUUGGAACCAAAUGACGGUGGUAUAAAGAAAGAGCUUGUUGCAGCAAAGAAGAAGAUUGCUGAUAGACGUGAUCUGGAGAAAAAGGUUUACUCAAGAAUGUUUCAGUAAAGCUCGGGCAAUGACAUGGUACAUUGCAUACCUUGCAUCUUCAGGUGCACAUGCUAGAUCAUAUAGACCCUGGUUCAGGCUUCUACAUAUGCUGACUGUGAUUGGCUUUAGGGGAGGACUCAGGUAGGUACUGGGAUGAAGCUCUGUUAAUCAAAACCCGAUAAGGAGACUUCAGUUCAAAUCCCGUCAAGUUACCUAUAUGUAUAUAGACAUGUAUUCAUAACAGAAGUUGCAGUAUGAUCCGUUUUAAAAUUAUAUUUCUUUAUCCUACAUUUUCCAUAAUUCAAUAAAAUGGAGUCAAUAUCCACAAAGCUCUGGAUGGCCAUGUCUACACUUGCUUUUCUCUUAAUUGUCUGACUGAGUUC